GGUCUUGGUAUCGCUCACACUCCAGCUGAUCGGCCUCGGCUCCCGGUGCGGUCCGACGGACUGUACGCGGCUGUUAAUAAUUUCUCGAGUUUUUUUUUAUCGUUAUUCUGAAAACAUAAUAUCAGUUCGUUCUCUCGGUGACGUGUGCGUCGUGUGUUGUGUUUUUUUUAACCGAGGAUUAUAUCGUAAAGCGCACUUGGGGAAACGGCUAGCUGAGGAAUUUCCCCCACAACAAACAGGCCGCUAGCUCAUCCCCGGGUUUUCUUUAGAGGAGGUCGCCGAUUUUCACACUUCGCCAUGGGGGACACAGGGAGCGAACGGAGCAAGCCACCGAGUAACGUUAUACCUCCGCGGUGUCCUUGUGGAUUUUGGGGGUCGAGCAAAACCAUGAACCUCUGCUCCAAAUGUUUUGCAGACAUCCAGAAGAAGCAACCAGACUGCGCUUCAGAGCCCGCCCCCAGCUCCAGCAAUAGCCAAUCAGCCGUCUUCUGUAACGAGACAAGCAGCAGCAGUAGCCAAACCCUGUCCUCCGGCUCCGAGGGGCCAUCCACAGAUGCCACGCCUCUCUCCAAACAGGAAGAAGUCUCGAGUACAGACACAGCCCGAGGCACGCUAUCUACUCCCACGAAACGGCCCUGUGAUACAGCCUCAGGUUCGGAGAGCGAGGCCUCCCCGGAGAAGCGGGUGCGUGUCGGCGAGUCUUCUGAAGAAUCCCAGCGAGGGCCUAAGCAGAAGAACCGCAGGCGUUGCCAUCGCUGCCAAACUAAACUCGAGCUCGUACAGCAGGAGCUGGGAUCAUGCCGCUGUGGAUACGUAUUCUGCAUGCUGCACCGGCUGCCUGAGCAGCACGACUGCCUGUUUGACCACUUGGGUCGCGGGAGAGAGGAAGCCGUGCUUAAGAUGGUGAAGUUGGACCGUAAGGUGGGCCGAUCCUGCCAGCGCAUCGGAGAGGAGUGUUCCUGAACACUCAUACACACACACUCACACACACGCGCACACACACACCCCUGCAUACACACACACACACACACAUAUAUAUAUAUAUAUACUGUAUUCUCCUCUUCCAGUCUUAUGUCCCCCUGAUUCAGCUGAGGCCAAUGGUGCUCAGAUCCUCAGUGCUGAACAAUGUAAUAACACACGCACACACACCACUCACUUAGCACUGCUUUCUCUCUCUCUCUCUGUCUCUCUCUCUCUCUCUCUCUCUCUCUCUCCCACAUACACACACAUACGCAAACUCCUGGUCAUGACACUCCUCACAACGGUCUUAAUCUCCUUCCUAUGGAUGAUGUUGGAAGAACAACAUCUCGAGAAAAAAAGAAAAAAAAAAAGAACUGCGAAUCAGCUACUGGCGUAUUGGCAUGCUGCCAUCGUCUCUGAUUUUUUUAUUUUAUUUUUUCCCCCCAUGCCAGUUACGAUUCUGCAGUUCAUCCUAAUUAAAUCUAAAUUACCACCCAUUUGUUAUUGUUCUCUCAGUUCAGGUUGUCAUGUAUAGAUCACUAGGUCAUGGGACAUUCCCAGAUUCCCAACAUGAAAACCUCCAUCAGGCCACAAAGCUGAGGAAAGCGUGAUCUGUGAUCAGGACCAAACAUUUGACCUCACGAGAGGAAUCGGGUUUCACCCGCUAACCUCCCGACACCCUGACCACCGUUCAUCCUCCACCUCCUUCGGUCUGUUUUGCCUCCAGACGCUGUUCUUUAUAUCCCACCCGAUUUCACAACUUCCUCCCAAUUCGUUUUUGAAUGGGAAAUGGAGUUCGACGUGGAUGACGCACCCUCACGUCCUUCUUCGGUUUUGGAGAUGCCGUCUGCUGUCACUUUAGGGGCAGCACUAUGCCUCUGUUUCUCACACUCUUUCCCUCGUGUGCAGACACACAACACACACACACACACACACACACAGUCAUACAUACAUGAGUUGUUUUGUUCAAAAUUAUGUUCAAACACACACACACACCACAUGUGGUCUGUGUGUGCCCAGCACAUGGACAGAAGCUAAAUCGGUACCCUUGGGACCGGGUUCAUUCGGGAUGGUGCGCCCCAGGGCUUUAUGGGAACUGUAGUUCAGGUCUACAACGCACCUGUGUAUACUUACAGCUCCAGUCAGACCCCCAUAUGAUGUAUUUAGUGAUGCUCUGCCUCCAGAAAGCUACAGCUCUCAACACGAUUCUUUCCUCCUCUAACGUCUUUACUCCCCUUCCUCCUGCUCCGGCCCUCCUUCACUUCCGCACAUCCUCCACUUUUCUUCUCACUUCCAGUUUUGCACUUUCUCGUCCUUUUUUUCCCUUCAACACACAGCUAUAUUGUUCAUCAAGUUUUAAGGAGGGACUGGCUUUUGAAGGUCGGAGGCAGAGUGCUGAAUAUACCAAUCUUUUUUUUUUUAUUUUUAAUUUUUUUUCUUUCUCAAAAAGCUGUUUUAUUUUUUUCUGUAGAACGGACAGAGCCGAAUACAAUAAGUGAAUAUCCUGUAUCUUAAAGAAAUCCUUAUUUAACCAUCUUUGUGUUUCUGAUUAACUCGCACUAGCAUAGAGCUGCGUUUUUUCCCCCCUCUUUAGGUUAACAUUGUUAAAGAGAUAAAAAGCAGUAUGGAUAAGAUAAUUCUGUAGCCUUUCUUUGGGUUUAUUUGUUUUUUUGUUUGUUUGUUUGUUCCUUUUUUCUCCUUUCCUUUUUGCUGAAAAAGAAUAAACUGGAUUAGUGA